ACUCUAAAAUCAUCGACUUACCACUUGUCAGCAUUUCGUUUUCAUAUCAGAGUGAGAUUAAUUGAUACUUAUUGUAUUUUUCUCAGGACAAUUGAAUAAACGAUACCGAGUUUUACAAAUGGCGUCCAAAGUUACAUUCAAGAUUACUUUGACGUCAGAUCCGAAGCUGCCCUUUAAAGUAUGACCAGUCCAUUGAAGGGAUCAUCGUUGGGUUAAUAUCAUUUGUGGACCAAAUUUGUAUAAAUACACAUUGCAGUGUUAUCAUGUGCGAUGCAGAGUUCUCGGAGACUCAGUGUACCAGAAAAUACACCAUUCACUGCUGUGCUUAAGUUUGCUGCCGAAGAAUUCAAGGUUGCAGCAGAGACAUCUGCAAUCAUAACCGAUGAUGGUAUUGGCAUCAAUCCUCAACAAACAGCGGGCAACAUAUUCCUUAAACAUGGUUCAGAGCUGAGGUUGAUCCCCAGAGAUCGAGUUGGAGACCACAGUUGACUCGGACUGCAUUGUCAGUUAUUCAAAGCCUAUUUCAAUAUAUAAAUAAAUUCCCUUUUAUCAGCUUUAUUAUUACGCCCCGUGUAAAAUGCGUCUAUCGAAGUUUCCAUGUGCAUGGAUAGCGUAUAUGUAAGUUUCCCUCGAGAGUCAUCGAGGAAUAACUUACAAUUCUGUUAUCGGUAACAUGUUGCUAAUUUCAUAAGCAUGUAAAUACUUUAUGGAACAAUUAUUUCCCAAACUAUCACUGUACACUGACGUUCAGAGACGCGGGAACAACAAUAAAGUAUUUAAAUUA